AAUAACCAACGAAAUCUGACAGAUUGUCAAAUCUAAAAGCAACCUUUUCCAAAUAAUUCCAAAGAAUCAAAAGUUUUUUAUAACUGAAAAGAUGUCCGUAUUAAAUAAGUUUGGAAAGAAACACCUCGAUAUCCUAUCUUUAUGGGUUAGUUCUGGAGUCACGUUUGGGGCUGCUGCAGGAAUAGGGAUGUGUUACUUCACAGAAUGGAAAACUGUCUUACAAUUCCUACCAUAUUAUAAUGGAAAAUAUGUUAAGGAUGAAUGAAAAUAGUUUAAAUUAAUGUUUAUAUGAACCUUUAGUAGUCUUAAAUAAAAAUCCACCUCCUCUUUAAAAGAUUUAUUACUAACUCUUACAUAAUUACAAUGGAAAUACUAAUCCAUUAAAGCAUUUAAUUUUCUAA